AAAAGCAUCAUCAAGAAAAUUGUCCACUUUUAGUACAAUCCAAUUUUUGAAUGUACUAAAACCCACUGCUAAAGUCGACAUUUUUGUAGUUUUUUUGAUCGAGCUACUUUUGCUAAACAAAAUUUUUUUCGUUUUGAUUUUUUAAUAAAAAUUUGUUUUUUGCCAAAUCAUGGAAAAUAAUGAUGAUGUGGACGCACAGAGGCGACGUGAAGAAUGUGAGCGCAAAGCCAGAAGGGGUGAAAUGGACCCCAGGCUAGAGUUCGCUUUUCAAAUGUUAAUCGAUGGUACUGGACUGCCUAGGCAUCAGAUAAUGGAUCACAUAUUUGAGGGAGAUAUGUUGGAUGAGAUAAAUCUUCUAUUCCAACCGAAUAUGAGAAGUAAACUGUUAUGGUUCUAUCAAGAAGUUGAUGAACCUGAAGCCGUUCCCGUACCAGAAGUACCAAAACCCGGUCCAUCACGCGCAGCUGCAUCAAACACGUCAAAGACACCUCAAGGUGUAUCACCAACGGGUCCAGUGCUGAAGCAUAAGCUAUUCCUAACGGAUGGAUGGACGUGUGAGUUUAAGGGAAUCUGCAUUUACAUGUUUCGCAUUAAUACAACUAAACAAUUGCCAGAAGAGGGAUUUCAAAAGGAUUUGUUCUGCGGCGUAAUUGAUGCCAGCCGAAUCGGACUAGUGGCCUCGAUUGAACGCAUCGUCGAAUAUGUGUUUAUGCAAGCCCUAGCCUAUCCGAAUCCGGAAACUGAAGACGAUGAUAUCGGAUGUUCGUUGAUUAAAGGACAACUGUUGCCCGGCCUACGAUCAUUUUGUAGUGCCCUGCGAGUCUGCGAACAGGUCUGCGAGCACAUCAAUGUUUUUGAUGAUGGUAAGCCGAUGUUCGUUAAAACCGAUAACAUGACCGAAGUGAAGGAUCUGGCGAAGAAUAAGGAAUUUUGUGGUGAAUUGGAGGAGAAAGUUGUGGAGUGGAUAAAGGGCAUUAUAAAGGUUCUAAUGGAAAGUGAACAAUUGAGAAAAGAAAAUGACACGAGCGGUCCGCAAGAUGAACUUGAAUACUGGAAACGUAGAGCAGCACAAUUUUCACAGCUUUUAGCACACAUGCAAGAUAAAGAAGUACAAUUUACCCUACACUGCUUAAUUGCGUCGGGAUCGAAAAUCAUACGGUACUGGAAAGACACAGACAGAAAAAUCACAUUUUGUUACAAUGAGGCCAGAGACAAUUCGAAAUUUAUUCAGGCCAUGGAAACAUGUUGCCAUUCAUUGUAUUUGGACGAUCCGGUUAAUAUGAAAGAAUCGAUUCUCAGUCUGUUGCAAACGGUUCGAUUGAUUUACAGUGUUUCGAAAUUUUAUAAUACAUCUGAACGCACCUCAUCACUCAUGGUCAAGAUAACCAAUCAAAUGAUAGAAACCUGCAAAUCAUACAUAACCCUACGAUGCAAAGAAACGAUCUGGUCACAAGAUCGCAAUCUAGUUCGCACCAAACUCACCAAUUGCAUCAAACUGAACCAAAUUUAUCGGGACACGUACUACAACGUUCGCGAGCAACCAUUCCUACCGAAUCAGACACCGUUCGGAUUCUCCGAGAAUUUCGUUUUCGGCAAAUUUAACUGCUUUUGCGAUCGCUUGUCAAAGAUUCUGUCGAUGUUCAAUCUGAUUGAUGACUACAACCACUUGUUCGCACGACGGUUGGAGGGAUUGUUGUUGGGUGAAGCGUUGGAAGAGGCAAUGACCACGUUCGAAGAUGCAAAGAAGGUUAUCGUGUCGAAGAAGUACGAUUAUUUGGAUCAUCGCAAUGCCGAUUUCAAUAACGACUAUCAGGUGUUUAUGGAUAAGACCGAUGCGCUCAAAGAAUCUGUUGGUUCCAUGAUUGAGUCGAAUUUCGAUUCCGUUUGGGAAACACCUCAGUGCAUACGAUUUUUAGUUCGUUUCGAAAAAGUCAGCCAAAAGAUACCGCUGACGAUGAUGGAAGUGAAAUAUCAGCGAAUUUUAAAAUACAGCGAAAAGGACCUUCAACGGAUUCUAACUCUAUUCCGGAAGCAACGUGACGAUCCGCCAUUGCCGAGAAACUUUCCCCCCAUAUCUGGCAGAAUUAAAUGGUGUCGAUCCUUAGCGAGUCAUAUUGAAGAGCUUGUCACCAGUGUAACAGCGCAUCCAGUUUUGAAAACACUACCAUCCACAAAAGACUUGGAGAAUAAGUACUACUCCGUUCGGAACAUAUUAAAAGAAUAUGAAGAAGAAAUCGUGAACAUUUGGUUGGACCAGGAUGUUGCAGUGGCUGAUGCUUGUCUUGUCCAACCAAUUUUGGUGCUUCAGAACGACAGACUUGUCGUAAAUUUACAUCAGACUAUACCGCUGUUGAUACGAGAAGCAAAAUCGCUAGCUAAAUUGGACAUUGAACUUCCCAUUGUUGCUGCUACAUUGAUGGUGAAACAAAGUCAUUUUCACACCAUCCAAGACUCCUUAAAUGAUUUGAUUAAAAUGUUUUUGGCAACAGUGAAACAAGUAAAACUUGAAGUCCGUCCAUUAUUUCUGCCUCAACUGGUGCAAUUAACUUCAAUGCUUAAACCCGGCUUGUAUUCGAUAUGUUGGACGAAUCCCAAAUGGAUCGACUUUUAUGAGAAAUGCAAGGGAGCCAUUGAAACAUUUGAUGUUCUUGUAAUUCGUGUUCACGACAUCUACUCGAAUCGCAUAUUGAAUGUGUUGAUGUCCAUGCAAGACGUAUGUUUACAAACAUUGCCAGGAGAUGACGAAAUUUGGACCGUUGAGGAGUUUCUGGAGAAAAACGAAGAGACGUGCAGACUUGCUGCACUCGAACUUAACAGAAAAAGUACAAUGGUCUCGGAGGCCGUAGAAGAAGUUCUGAAUCUGGUGCAAAAUGCUACACAGACUUUCAAAGCAAUGAUUGGUGCCGAGAACGAUCCAUUGGCGCAAGAAGAAGCAAAAACCAACUCACCGCAAGCCAAAGAAGCCGAUGAAGAUGGUUCGGGAAAUCAGCCACAAGACUGGAGCAUUCUGUGGUCUUGCUUCGAAAAUCCAUUAUCGUUAUUAUCGGCUAGCAAUGGAUUGCCAAAAGGAAUGCAGGACAUGGUUACGAAUGCUGUGUCAGAAAUGAGACGCUACUACAGUCGUAAAGUUAUCGAUGUUCUCAUUAAGGUUACAAGAUCAUCGCUCGACGUUUUACGUCGAGUCUUCUCUCAAGAUUCAGAUUCCGCUACAUCAACUGUUACAACAACCAGAAAACCUAUGUUUCUACUGCAUUCCACUUUAAUGAUUCCCAACAUAUCGAUACGUCCAAAUUUGGAUGAAUUGCAAGACGCACUUAUCGCUGCUGGGAAAAAUAUGACUGGUGUUUCCAAAGGAGUGGCUCAGUGGACGAGUGGAAAAGAAAACUCCAUCCAAAACACCCGUCCGAACCGCCACAAUCAAAACGACGCAAAAUCUCGACGACGUAAAAUGUAUUGUCUUCAAUCCGAAGAACGGCCCCAAAUUCCCCACAUGACAAAGAGCUUCUUCAGCUACAUAAUGGAAAACAAGGAAGUCGUCAAAACGUUAAAUCUGUUAGCCAACUGCACGAAGAAUUUGAAAAUCGAAGUUCAAACGUUUGUGAAACGCUGGAAACCGUACCAUUUCUUAUGGAAAAACGAGAGAACGACCAGAGAGCUAAUGGAGUACAGUCUACAAGAUUUCGAAUCGUCGUUGCGGUAUUUGUCAGAAUUGGAUGCAAACUUACUGGUUGAGCCGGAUAUGGCGUAUUUCUGUCAGUGCAUUGCUGUGUCAACCGAAAAGUUGAAAUUUGGAUUGACCAUUGAAAUAAAAUCAUGCACCCACAAAAUCGGGCAAGCCAUGAAGAAAAAGUACAAAAGAGAAAUGGAUUAUGUGUACGCUGUGAUAAAUGAGAUGGACCGUAAGCUAGAUCGAACCAUUCGCGAUCUGGACGAUGUUCGGAUGAUUAUGGAUACGUUGGGUAAAAUUCGGGAACAAGAAGUGGACAUGGAAUUGAAAAUUGAUCCGAUUGAAGAAGCAUUCAACAUCUUAACCAGAUACGAUAUACAAGUAGAGCGUGAACAAUAUGAUCAAGUGGAUAAUCUGAGGUACACUUUUCUGCAACUGCAAAGUCGAGCGCUUAAUGCACAAGUUCAGUUGUUGGAAAUGCAACCGACAUUUGAGUCGGAAUUGCGAAAGAAUCUGGAGAAUUUCAAGAGCGACAAAAUCGAAUACGUUCACGAGUAUCGCAAUGCGGGACCAAUGCAACCGGGACUGACGCCGCGCGAAGCUUCCGAUAAACUUAUACUGUUUCAGAAUCGAUUUGAGGGGCUUUGGAGACGCUUACAAACCUAUCAAAGUGGUGAGGAGUUGUUCGGCCUGCCACAAACUGACUAUCCAGAGCUAGGUCAAAUUCGCAAAGAAUUGAAUUUACUCCAAAAGCUCUAUAAGCUCUACAAUGAUGUAAUCGAUCGCGUUAGCAGCUACUAUGACAUUCCAUGGGGAGAGGUUGAUAUUGAGGAGAUCAACAAUGAACUGAUGGAAUUCCAGAAUCGUUGCCGUAAGCUUCCGAAAGGGUUAAAAGAAUGGCCAGCAUUCCAUGCACUGAAGCGUACAAUCGACGAUUUCAACGAUAUGUGCCCGUUACUUGAACUGAUGGCCAACAAAGCAAUGAAACCUCGCCAUUGGCAACGAAUUAUGGAAGUGACGAAAUACACGUUCGAAUUCGACAGCGAGGGAUUCUCGUUGAAGAAUAUACUCGAAGCACCCUUGCUGAAGUAUAAGGAAGACAUUGAGGACAUUUGCAUAUCGGCCAUGAAGGAAAAGGACAUUGAAGCGAAACUGAAACAGGUGACGAACGAAUGGUCCGUUCAGGAGCUUCAGUUCAUGACUUUCAAUAACCGUGGCGAAUUGCUGUUGCGUGGUGAUACAACAGCUGAAACGAUCGGUCAGUUGGAGGACAGUUUGAUGAUACUGGGAUCGCUGCUCUCGAACAGAUACAAUGCCCCGUUUCGCAAACAGAUUCAACAGUGGGUGUACGAUCUGUCCAAUUCGAAUGAUAUUCUCGAGAGAUGGCUGCUGGUGCAGAAUAUGUGGGUGUAUCUGGAAGCGGUGUUUGUGGGCGGUGACAUUGCAAAGCAAUUGCCCAAAGAAGCUAAACGCUUCUCGAAAAUCGACAAAUCCUGGCAAAAAAUCAUGCAACGGGCUCAUGAAACACCGGGUGUUGUUGCGUGUUGUGUUGGCGAUGAUUUACUGAAACAACUUUUGCCCCAUUUGCAAGAGCAACUGGAAUUGUGCCAGAAAUCGUUGAGUGGGUAUUUGGAACGGAAGCGGAUGAUGUUUCCGCGGUUUUUCUUCGUCUCAGAUCCGGCUCUGCUGGAAAUUCUCGGCCAAGCGUCUGAUUCGCAUACCAUUCAGAACCACUUGCUGUCGAUAUUCGACAAUACGAGACACGUAAAAUUCCACGACAUCGAGUACAACAAGAUGCUGGCGAUCGUUUCGUCGGAAGGCGAAGUUAUUCCACUCGAUCGAGCCAUAAGGGCUGAAGGUUCGGUCGAAACGUGGCUGACAUCGUUGCUGGUCUCGUCGCAACAAUCUUUGCAUUCAAUCAUACGGACAGCGUUCGCAAACAUCAACGAUCCGAAUUUCAAUUUGGUUCCGUUUCUGGAGAAAAUGCCAGCACAGAUCGGUCUGUUGGGGAUUCAAAUGAUUUGGACGCGUGAUGCUGAACUGGCGUUGAUCCAAGCAAGGGUAGAGAAGAAAGUUAUGGGCGAGACGAACAAUAAGUUUUUGGAAUUGCUCAACACAUUGAUUGAUCAAACGACGCGGGAUCUGACGAAAAUUGAAAGAAUCAAAUUUGAGACGCUGAUUACGAUUCACGUUCAUCAACGGGAUAUAUUCGAUAUUUUGGUCCGAAUGGGUAUCCGUUCAGCGCUUGAUUUCGAAUGGCUGAAGCAAUGUCGGUUUUACUUCAAAGAGGAUUUGGACAAGACUCUGGUAUCAAUCACCGACGUCAAUUUCAUUUAUCAAAACGAAUACCUGGGAUGUACUGAUCGACUGGUUAUAACUCCGUUGACUGAUAGAUGUUACAUAACAUUGGCACAGGCACUCACAUUGAGUAUGGGUGGUAGUCCUUGUGGUCCUGCAGGUACCGGUAAAACGGAAACCGUAAAAGAUAUGGGAAAAACGUUGGCAAAGUAUGUUGUCGUUUUCAACUGUUCGGAUCAAAUGGAUUACAGAGGUCUCGGUCGAAUCUACAAAGGAUUAGCACAAUCGGGCACUUGGGGUUGUUUUGACGAAUUCAAUCGAAUCGAAUUGCCAGUGUUAUCAGUAGCCGCGCAACAAGUUGCCGUAGUUCUUACGGCUCGUAAAGAGAAGAAGAAGAAUUUCAUAUUUACCGAUGGCGAUCACAUUGAUUUGAAUCCGGAAUUUGGAAUUUUCAUCACUAUGAAUCCUGGAUAUGCUGGUCGCAAAGAAUUACCGGAAAAUCUGAAAAUUCAAUUUCGAACUGUUGCUAUGAUGGUCCCUGAUCGUCAAAUCAUUAUCCGUGUAAAAUUGGCUUCGUGCGGAUUUCUCGAGAACAUUACUCUAGCACGAAAGUUCUACACCCUGUACAAACUUUGUGAGGAACAAUUAACGAAACAGGUUCAUUAUGACUUCGGUCUUCGAAACAUUUUAUCAGUUCUACGAACACUGGGAGCAUCGAAGCGUCAGAAUUGCAAAGACAGUGAAAGUACAAUCGUCAUGAGAGUUCUGCGCGACAUGAAUUUGUCGAAACUGAUCGACGACGAUGAACCACUCUUUAUCUCACUUGUUGCUGAUCUGUUUCCUAAUCAAUCCAUUGAGAAAACGGUCUAUUCCGACCUGGAAACGGCAAUUUCACAAAAAGCCGACGAAGCUGGUCUUGUGUACCAUCCCCCCUGGGUGCUGAAAUUGAUUCAACUUUAUGAGACGCAAAAAGUUAGACAUGGAAUUAUGACUCUAGGACCAUCAGGGGCUGGGAAAACGACUUGCAUUCAAACAUUGAUGAAAUCAUUGACUCAGAUGGGCGAUGCGCAUAGGGAAAUGAGAAUGAAUCCAAAAGCGAUUACUGCCGCUCAAAUGUUUGGGAAGUUAGACGUGGCAACGAACGAUUGGACCGAUGGAAUCUUUUCAGCUCUGUGGCGGAAAACGUUGAAAAUGAAAGGUGGCGAACACAUCUGGCUGGUUCUUGAUGGACCUGUCGAUAGUAUCUGGAUAGAAAAUCUCAACUCUGUGCUGGACGAUAAUAAAACGCUAACGCUAGCGAAUGGUGAUCGUUUGUCGAUGUCACCAACUUGUAAAAUUAUCUUCGAACCGCACAACAUUGAUAACGCAUCCCCAGCUACAGUAUCGCGAAACGGUAUGGUGUACAUGAGCUCAUCUGGAUUGGACUGGAAGCCUAUCCUCUGUGCAUGGUUGAAAACCCGAUCGCCGCGCGAGAACUCGGUUCUGCAAGAUUUGUUCGAUCAGUCGUUUGGCGUGUUGUACUCUUGGGAGACACAGAACCUACAAUUGAAGAUGGACGUUCUUCAGUGCAACAUUAUACAGCAAAUGCUCUUUAUUUUGGAAGGUUUAGUACCACUGCCCAAAGACGAAACGCCGAACGUUGCUGUUUCCGUGCAUGAGAGCGUUGACGAAGAAGCUCAAGACGAACAGCAAAUUGAAGUUAAAGAGGAAUUGUAUUCGCCGGAACAUAUACAUCGACUGUACAUUUUUGCAUUGACUUGGAGCUUUGGCGCCCUGUUGAACACUGUCGAUCGAGUCAAACUGGAUCAGUUUGUUAAAGAGAAAUUCACCACCUUCGACUUACCGAAACAUGAAAGCUUUCCGGAUGCAACGAUAUUUGACUUUUUUGUUGCAACCAACGGUGCGUGGGAACAUUGGCGCAGUCUGGUUACUAAUUACGCGUAUCCGGAAAAUGCGACACCCGACUACCUAUCGAUUCUUGUGCCGAUCAUAGAUAAUGUUCGUUUGGACUAUUUGAUCAAAACCAUUGCCAAUCAGGAACGAGCCGUUUUGAUCAUCGGCGAGCAGGGUACCGGCAAAACGGUUAUGGUUAAGAAUUUCAUGAAAAAAACCAAUCCGGAAACAACCAUGGGAAGGUCGUUCAACUUUUCAUCAGCCACAUCACCGUACCAAUUCCAAAAGACAAUGGAAAAUUAUGUGGAGAAACGGUUGGGCAAUACCUUCGGACCACCAGGUGGCCGUAAAAUGAUUGUCUUCAUUGAUGACAUCAAUAUGCCCGAAAUUAAUUGUUGGGGUGAUCAAGUGACCAACGAAAUUGUCAGGCAAGCAAUGGACAUGAAGGGAUUUUACAGUCUUGAGAAGCCGGGAGAUUUUACCAGUAUUGUCGAUGUUCAGUAUGUCGCAGCAAUGGGCUUACCGGGUGGUGGAAGGAAUGACAUACCGUCACGCUUGAAACGCCAGUUCUGUGUCUUCAAUUGCAAUUUACCCGACAAUGAAUCCAUCGACAAAAUAUUCAGAGUCGUCGGGGAAGGUCAUUACAAUGCAAAAAGAGGAUUCGCGGCCGGUGUUCGUGGAUUGAUUAAAAAAAUCAUUCCAGUCACACGAUUCCUAUGGCAACGUACUCGGAAUAAACUUCUGCCCACACCCGCCAAAUUCCACUACGUUUUCAAUCUUCGCGAUUUGUCCCGAAUCUGGCAAGGAAUGGUCGGCACGUUAUCGACAGUCAUCACGGCCGAGAAUGUUUUGAUCUCAUUGUGGAAGCACGAAUGUACACGGGUGUUUUCGGAUAGGUUUACUAUUGCUGCUGACAAGGAAUGGUUUAACACGGAAUUGCUGGCGUUGAUCAAUGACGAACUGGGCGAAGCGUAUGUAGACAUGGCUAAGGCGAAUCCAGUUUUUGUCGAUUUCAUGAGAGAUGCUCCGGAACCCACUGGUGAAGAGGGUGAAGAUACCGAUAUGGAACUGCCCAAAGUUUAUGAGCCCGUUUUGCAAUAUGAUGUGUUGAGGGAACGUCUGAACAUGUUUUUGGCGCAAUUUAAUGAAAUGGUCAGAGGAUCUGGAAUGGAUCUGGUUUUCUUUCCGGACGCAAUGCUUCAUUUGGUGAAAAUAUCUCGCAUAAUUCGUCAUCCUAGAGGCAAUGUUAUGCUAAUUGGAGUUGGUGGCAGUGGUAAACAAUCUCUAACCAAACUCGCAUCGUUCAUUGCCGGUUAUAAGAUGUUUCAAAUCAGUUUGACCCGAUCGUACAAUGUGGGAAACUUUUUGGAGGACUUGAAACUACUUUACAGAAGUUGUGGCGUUCAGGGCAAAGGAACCACAUUUCUCUUUUCCGAUUUGGACAUAAAAGAGGACGGAUUCCUGGAAUAUUUGAACAAUAUCCUAUCGUCGGGUGUGAUCGCAAAUUUAUUCAAUCGAGACGAACAGUCCGAAAUCGUCUCCGAACUCACUCCGAUCAUGAAACGGGAAAAUCAGAAAAAAACGGCAAACGCUGAAACGGUCAUGGAGUACUUUUUGCAGCGCGUCGUGCAUAAUCUUCACGUUGCAUUUUGCUUUUCACCAGUCGGAGACACGUUUCGGAAUAAAGUGCAACGAUUCCCGGCGCUGGUGUCUGGUUGUACGAUUGAUUGGUUUCAGCCAUGGCCGAAAGAUGCGCUGGUGUCGGUGGCUAGACAUUUUCUAUCAGAAUUUCAGAUUGAAUGUACCGAAACGGUUAAAGGGGAAUUGGUAACGGCUUUAGGCACGAUCCAGGAUAUUGUUGCUGAAACAUCGAAUGACUACUUUCAAAGAUUCCGUCGAGCGACACACGUAACACCAAAGUCCUACCUAAAUUUCAUUGCCGGAUACAAAAACAUUUAUCAAAUGAAACAAUCGGAACUGCGAGGCGGUGUAGAGAAAAUGGACACCGGUCUUGAAAAGCUGAAAGAGGCGUCGGUUCAGGUUGAGAUAUUGAAGAAAGACCUGGCAGUCAUGGAACUAGAUUUGGCUGAAGCGUCCCAAAAAGCCGAAAGCGUUUUGUUGGAAGUGACUGAGAAGGCAAUGCAGGCAGAAGUGUUCAAGAAUCAAGUUCAAAUUGUCAAAGAGAAGGCCGAGGCACUGGUAGCAAAAAUUGCCGAAGAGAAGGCAUUUGCUGAAGAAAAACUUGAAGCGGCCAAACCGGCAUUGGAAGAGGCAGAAGAAGCUUUGAAUACGAUUAAACCAGCUCACAUCGCAACUGUGCGAAAACUUGGCCGUCCACCACAUUUGAUCAUGCGUAUCAUGGACUGCGUAUUGAUUUUAUUCCAACGGAAAGUGCAUCCGUGUAUUGCCGAUACGAGUGCACCGUGUCCGAAACCGUCGUGGCAAGAAGCCCUAAAAAUGAUGGCCAGUACGACGUUUUUGCUUCAACUGCAAAACUAUCCGAAGGACACAAUCAACGAUGAGAUGAUUGACUUUCUUCAACCGUACUUUUUCAUGGAAGACUACAAUAUGGACAUGGCAAAAAGGGUUUGUGGUGAUGUUGCCGGCCUGUUAUCCUGGACAAAAGCGAUGGCAUUUUUCCACGGUGUCAACAAGGAGGUCUUACCGCUCAAAGCUAAUUUAACUCUGCAAGCGGCUAGACUAAAAGUGGCAAUGGAAGACUUAGCUGCUGCAGAGAAUCAACUUGCCGAACGAGAGGCUGCACUGCAGGAAGUUAAAAACCAGUACGACUCGGCUGUUGGAGAAAAGCAACGCUUAACCGAUGCUGCUAAUAUCUGUUUGAGAAAAAUGACCGCUGCAACAGCUCUAAUUAACGGAUUACAGGGCGAAAAGCAUCGCUGGACGCAACAGAGCAAAGAUUUCAAGGUUCAGUUGGGAAAACUGGUCGGCGAUGUUCUUCUAGCUACCGGAUUUUUGUCGUAUUGUGGACCGUACAACCAAGAAUUUCGGGCGAAUUUGCUGAAAUGUUGGAUGGGCAUUUUGAAAGCCAAGCAAAUUCCUUUCACGAACAAUCUGAACAUCAUUAAUAUGUUGGUGGAAUCGUCCACAGUGUCCGAGUGGACUCUUCAGGGUCUACCAAACGACGAAUUGUCAGUCCAGAAUGCCCUAAUCGUUACAAAGUCCAGCAGCUAUCCGCUCCUGAUCGAUCCUCAGAGUCAAGGAAAACUUUGGAUUAAGACCAAAGAAGAUCAAAACGAAUUGCAGAUCACGUCUUUGAAUCACAAAUAUUUCCGCACUCACUUGGAAGAUAGUUUGUCGCUAGGACGUCCAUUGCUUAUAGAAGAUGUGGGAACAGAACUGGACCCUGUGAUCGACAAUGUUUUGGAAAAGAAUUUCAUCAAAUCGGGAAGUAUCGAAAAGGUCUUGGUCGGUGAUAAAGAAUGUGACGUUAUGCCUGGCUUCAUGCUUUACAUAACAACAAAACUCCCGAAUCCACCAUUCAGUCCCGAAAUCAGUGCAAAAACAUCAAUUAUUGAUUUCACUGUAACAAUGCGCGGUCUGGAAGACCAACUUCUCGGUCGUGUAAUUCUAAUGGAAAAAUCCGAUCUGGAAGCGGAACGAGUAACAUUAUUCGAAAGUGUGAUGAAAAAUCAGAGAAGCAUGAAAGAGCUGGAGGCGAAUUUGCUCUCCAAACUCAGUUCGUCCGAAGGCUCACUUGUCGAUGACGAAGAACUGAUCGAUGUCUUGCGAGAAACAAAGACUACAGCCGAAGAAGUGAACCAAAAAUUGAAAAUAUCCGAGGUCACGGAAAAGAAGAUCACAAUUGCAAGAGAAGAGUUCCGGGCUGUGGCUGCGAGGGGAUCGAUUCUUUACUUUCUGAUCGUCGAAAUGAGCAACGUGAACAUCAUGUACCAGAAUUCACUGAAACAAUUUCUUGUUAUCUUCGACAAUUCCAUUACGAAAUCGACGAAAAGCAACAACACGGACGAAAGAAUCAAAAUCAUUUUGGGCUAUCUAACGUAUGAGGUGUGGGUGUUCACGAGUCGUAGUUUGUACGAGAGACACAAACAAUUGUUUACGCUAAUGCUUGCAAUCAAAAUCGAUUAUAACAAGGGAAAUAUAACCCACGAUGAGUUCAUGGCAUUUGUGAAGGGUGGAGCAUCUUUGGAUUUAAAUGCGGUUACUCCGAAGCCAUUCCGCUGGAUAUUGGACAUAACAUGGCUGAAUCUUGUUGAGAUCAGUAAAUUGAAUACGUUCUCCGAUGUGCUGAAGAGGAUCGAACAAAACGAAAGAGAUUGGCGGGUGUGGUACGAAUCUGAAAAGCCCGAAGCUGAAGAGAUACCAUGCUCGUACAGUUCAACAUUGGACGGAUUUAGGAAAUUAUUGCUCAUCCGUUCCUGGUCGCCGGAUCGAACCAUUUCACAGGCGAAACGAUACGUGGAAGAGUCUCUCGGCUCUGAAUAUGGAGAGAUGCAAAUUUUGGAUCUGGAGGCGACAUGGGUGGAGUCAGAGCCACGAACGCCUCUGGUCUGCAUCCUGUCAAUUGGUAGCGAUCCUACGUCUCAGAUUGGAAGUCUGGCCAAAAAUAAAUGCAUCGCAUUGAAAUCCGUCUCUAUGGGUCAGGGUCAGGAGUUCCAUGCAAGAAAAAUGAUUACUGAUGGAAUGUCUGCUGGCGGUUGGGUUAUGUUACAAAAUGUUCAUCUCUCAAUUAGUUUUUGUUCCGAAAUUAUUGAUAUUUUAGUUGAAACGGAACAUAUUGAAGAAAGUUUUAGAUUGUGGGUAACGACUGAAGUUCACGAAGAAUUUCCCAUUGGUCUACUGCAAAUGGCAAUAAAAUUCACAAACGAACCGCCCCAAGGAAUUCGUGCCAGCAUGAAAAGAAGCUAUCAGGCAUUUUCCCAAGAUUUCCUUGACUACACUGCAGCGGCACAAUGGCCGCCAUUACUUUACACUGUAGCUUUUCUUCAUACUAUUGUACAAGAACGACGUAAAUUCGGACCACUCGGAUGGAAUGUUCCAUACGAAUUCAAUCAAGCCGAUUUCGCUGCCAGCGUUCAAUUCGUACAAAAUCAUCUGGAUGAAAUGGAUGUCAAAAAAGGUGUAUCAUGGCAAACUGUUUGCUAUAUGCUCGGUGAGGUGAUGUACGGCGGACGGGUAACAGACGAUUUUGAUAAGCGAUUGCUGGUUACGUUUACGCAAGUAUGGUUCAACGAAAAUCUUCUGACAUCCGCUUUUGAAUUUUACAAGGGUUACAAAGUUCCAAUUACCCGGAAUUUACAAAAUUACGUAGAUUACAUUAAUAGUCUACCGCCUACGGAUACACCAGAAGUUUUCGGUUUACACUCAAACGCUGACAUCACAUAUCAGAUAAACACGGCGAAAGGUAUUUUAGACACAAUUUUGAGUGUUCAACCGAAAGAAGGGGGUGGCGGUGGCGGUGAAACUCGAGAAAGCAUUGUUUAUCAAUUGGCUGAAGAUAUGCUACGUAAAUUACCACCGCAGUACAAUGCUUUUGAAGUGCGAGAGGCUUUAAAUCGUAUGGGAUCAUUGUUGCCAAUGAAUAUAUUUUUCAGGCAAGAGUUGGAUCGAAUGCAGUGUGUUAUUCGACAAGUGAAUGAGAGCUUGUGUGAUUUGAAAUUGGCUAUUGACGGCACGAUUGUUAUGAGUCAAUACCUGAGGGAAUCUUUGGAUGCGAUGUACGAUGCCAGAAUUCCAGAUAAAUGGAUGAAGAUCUCGUGGGAAUCGACCACUCUGGGUUUUUGGUAUACGGAAUUGUUGGAACGGAAUACACAAUUCCGACAAUGGUUUAUGACGGAUCGACCAAAGGUAUUUUGGAUGACUGGAUUCUUUAAUCCUCAGGGUUUUCUAACAGCCAUGAGACAGGAAGUUACUCGUGCUCAUAAAGGUUGGGCAUUGGAUUCAGUUGUGCUUCAAAAUCAAAUAACCAAAUUCAACAAAGAAGACAUUAGUGAUUCGCCCGUCGAAGGUGUUUAUGUUCACGGAUUGUUUUUGGAAGGGGCAUCACUGGACCGUCGCAGUGGCAAACUGAUUGAAUCCAAACCGAAAGUUCUCUACGAACAAAUGUCCGUGAUUUAUAUCUAUGCCAUCAAUACGACAGCGGGAAAAGAUCCAAAGCUCUAUGAGUGCCCGAUUUACAGAAAGCCGCAACGUACCGAUCAGAAAUACGUUGGAUCGAUCGAUUUUGAAACGGACUUCAAUCCGAGGCAUUGGACGUUGAGAGGCGUUGCCUUGCUUUGCGACAUCAAAUAAAAUGUUAAAUUUAAAUUUUCGCGCGGCACAUAGCAGAUGCAAAUGUUAAAAAAUUUGUAAAACAAUGAGCAGACCGUUCUGCAUUAGCAAAUUAAAACUUUGGCACCGUUGCA